AUGGCCUCAAAUCGCGACGAGAAGAGGAGCGAGAGCACAUCUCAUGGCCCCAUUGCAGAAUAUGAUGCGAGAGUGCGAAGUGGACGACUACGGAAUGAUGAGCACCAACGGACGUUGAUUCAAUCUCUACAAGAUCUCCAUGAUACGAUCGCCAAUUAUGAUCCCCCAAAAGUAAUUCAUCCAUCCAUCGAGUCGCUCCAGCCCAAAAAGAAAUCAGUCUUCGCCAAAAUCUUCGGCGUAGCAGAAGACGAGGAGAAACAAUUCAAGGGAUCAAUGUUCGGAUCCGGUGAGGAAUCGAGAUCAUUCCUGGGAAACAUAUUCGCUAAGAAGGAGGAAAAAUUGGCUCUACCAAUACCCGAGGGCUUACCGAAAGGCCUCUACAUGUAUGGUGAUGUGGGGAGUGGAAAGACGAUGCUCAUGGAUCUCUUUUAUGAUACCCUUCCCGACAACAUCCAGAACAAAUCGCGCAUCCACUUCCACAAUUUCAUGCAGGACGUACACAAAGAGAUUCACAAGAUGAAAGUUGUCCAUGGUAACGACAUCGACGCUAUACCUUUUGUCGCAGCAACGAUCGCCGAGAAGGCCCAAAUCCUCUGCUUCGACGAAUUCCAGUGCACUGACGUCGCCGACGCCAUGAUCCUCCGCCGCCUGAUAGAAUCUCUCAUGCAUCACGGCACCGUCCUCAUCACCACCUCCAACCGCCAUCCCAGGGAUCUCUACAAGAACGGCAUCCAACGCGAAUCCUUCAUCCCAUGCAUCAACAUCCUCCAAGACCAGCUCAAAAUUCUCAACCUCGACAGCACAACCGACUACCGCAAGAUUCCACGGCCGCCAUCAGGAGUCUACCACCACCCUCUCGGCGACGCCGCCGCCGCCCGCCACGCAGACCACUGGUUCAAAUUCCUCGGUGACUUCAACAACGACCCCCCGCACCGCGCCGUCCAGCACGUCUGGGGCCGCGAGAUCGAAGUUCCCCUGGCCUCGGGCCGCGCCUGCCGCUUCACCUUCAACCAACUCAUCGGCCGCGCCACCGGCGCCGCAGACUACCUCGAAUUGGUCCGCAGCUACGACGCGUUUAUCAUAACCGACGUGCCGGGGAUGAACCUCCGCACGCGGGAUCUCGCGCGACGCUUUAUCACCUUCCUCGACGCGGUCUACGAAUCCCGAGCGAAACUCGUCCUGACAUCCGCCGUGCCCCUGACACAACUGUUCAUGUCCCGCAAAGAAGCCGGGGCGUUUGUGGAGAAAAUCGCGGCGUCGGGCGCCAGCGCCAGCGCGAUCGAGGCGACCAAGGAGGGUGCGGAUGUCAACGAUGCGAUGCGUAGUCUGAUGGACGAUUUGGGGAUGAAUAUGGAUAGUCUGAAGGGAAGUUCGAUUUUCACGGGUGACGAGGAAGCCUUCGCGUUUGCGCGUGCAUUGAGUCGGUUGCAUGAGAUGGGUAGUCAGGACUGGGUGGAGAGGGGCAUGGGGUUGGAGAAGGAUGGCGGGAAGAGUGACGUGGAGGCGCACCAGAAGGUGAGGGGGACGUGGAGGCAGGACAGUUAUUGA